CUUCUUCGUUCUGUCUUCGUAGGCACCAUAAUGAGUGGCAUUUUAAUAUUUUUAUCGUAGUUUAUUAAUAAAUAGAGUGUUAUUUAUUAUUAUAGGGUAUAUCUAUGUAAAUUUACUGGUAUAAUAACUAUUCUGCAAAAGGCAAUCUUUAUUUUAAUACCAAUAUGGAUCUGGAAGACAAUGCUAUGGGUUUGACGCUCGAACAAACUGAUAAAAUAUUACAAUUUCAAGAUUUAACAGGUAUAGAAGAUAUGUCGAUAUGCCGUGAUGUUUUGCAAAGGCACCAAUGGGAUUUAGAGGUUGCUAUUCAGGAACAACUUAAUAUAAGGGAAGGAAGGCCGUCAGUAUUUGCCACAGAAGCUAGGGCACCUCCGGUGGUCCACGAUCAUAUAGCACAGCAAGUGUUCACAGAUGAACAGCCCGAGGGACCUGGUGGCGUCCGUGGUCUACUGCGUUAUGUUGUAAACCUAGUUGUCUCAAUGUGUUAUAACACAAUUUCCUCUGUACUGAAUUUAUUAUUAAGUUUUGUCAGACAUGACGAGAGAAGGCUUGUGACAGACCCAUUAGGUGAUGUUAUGGGAUUUAUAAAUAAUUAUACAUCAAGAUUUAAUGCACAUCCAGUGUUCUACCAGGGCACAUAUGCGCAGGCACUCAAUGAUGCCAAGAAUGAAUUAAAAUUCCUCAUUGUAUACCUACACUCGGAAUCCGCUGCUGAAACACAAAACUUUUGCAGGACCACAUUAGCAGAUCCAGAAGUGAUACAAUAUAUCAACACACAUGCUCUGUUCUGGGGCUGUUCAGUGGAUAGCUCGGAGGGGUGGCGUGUGGCGCAGUCAGUGGGAGGUCGAAGGUACCCUCUGCUGUGUGUGGUGUGCCUUCGUGAGCAUCGCAUGACUGUGGUAGCCCGUAACGAGGGUGCCUGCUCACCAUUGCAGCUCCUGCAGCGACUAAGACGAGUAGUUACGGACAAUGAACCACAUUUAGCUGCAGCAAGAGCAGAUAGAGUGGAGCGCGAGGUGACGGCGCGGCUGCGUGCGGCGCAGGACGAGGCGUACGCGGAGUCGCUGGCGGCUGACCAGGAGAAGGAGCGGCGCAAGGCGGCGGCGCGCGAGGCUGUCGCACAGCGCGAGCAUGAGGACCUGCAGCGUCGUCAGCAGGAGGAGCGCCACAAGCAACAGUUGGUGGAGGCGCGCGCGGCGAUGGCGUCGCGUCUGCCCGUGGAGCCUGCGCCGGGCGCGGGCACGGUGGCGCUGCUCAUCCGACUGCCCGGCGGCGAGCGACUCACCAGGAGGUUCACGCUCACACACACCACGCAGGAUUUAUACGAUUUCGUGUUCAGUCACCCGCAAGCGCCUGAGGAAUUUGAAAUAACGACCAAUUUCCCAAAGCGAGUGGUCGCGCGGGGAGUCGCUAACUUACAAGAAGUCGGUCUCAAAGAUCGAGAUGUUUUGUUUGUAAAUGAUACAAACGCAUAAAUUAUACAUUAAAUAUUUAAAUCGAGCCAUUUGUCGAAAAAAGUUACAUCUACAUAAGAGAUGUGACUUUUUUCAUCGUAAGACUCGAAAGUAUCACGUUUAAGAUGUCAGAGUUAAACGAGCAUUUAAUAAAAUAAUCUUAUCCAAUUGAUCAUUUACUGAUUUUUAUUUUUUUUAUAUUGUGGUGAAAAUCAGUCGAUGAGAAAAUUUCAUAAUAAAAUGACACAAAUAAGACAAGAAUAUAGCAACGUAACAUCGCUAUUAAAACGUGAUACCACCAAUGACUUGAUUGACACAGACUGCGGAAAAUAAAACCUAAAAAGCACACAUAAUUUAGACUAGAUUGCUACACUCAAGAGUUGUUAAUUUGUCACUAAAGCAGUUCCUUAGUGUAGAUUUAGUGCAAAAUCACUAAGGUACUACUUAAGUUACCUUACAAAUCUGAGUAUGACAAAAUAAUAAAAGUGUAGUGCAAUAAACACAUGUGAAAAAAAAUCUUUUUAAAAGAACUUUAAAAAGUGAC